UGACGUGGCCGCAUCACUCGUCACAAGUUUUCUUUCUCCUUCAUCGCAGAGCAUCGUCGUACCUUCAAAGGGCAGUCAUGACUCGUGGUAAUCAGCGUGAGGCGGACCGCGCGAAGGCGCAGAAGAAAGCAGCUGCGACCAAGGGCAAACCGAAAGAGAGCGCAAGCAGUCUGGCCAAGCGGAAAGAACAAGACGCCGAGAUCCUUCGCGCGAAACAAAAGGCGAAGGAAGAGGCGGCGGCGGCGGCGGCGGCAGCGGGCGGUGGGACAAAGAAAUAGCAUCACUCCGCGACGAACUAUGAUAGUCCGACUUUCUCUUGGCUACAAUUAACGACGUUUCGCGGAAUGGAGAUCCCGUCAUAAUUUAGAUCCAGGCUUCAUCUGUCUCUCCUCACUGUCAAGGGGCUGUUUGCUGGUGGCGAAUGCGAUUCUUUCGUCCGAUGGUUCGGAUAUCUCCUCUUUGUUCCAUGCUCUCGGUCGCAGUCCUUGUAAUGCUAUAGCGUUCUUCUCUUG